UUACCUUCAUCGCAAACUUAGUCACUACCGCCGCAGCUCUUCGUGCUGAUGAUGCUGACCUUGGCCGUGCCCGCCAUGUCCAGAUUCAUCGCGUGGACGGCGCUGGUCGCCUGCCUCCUGGCACCCGCCGCCGGCUUCUUCAACCUCUUCCUCAGUCAGGCGGAGGUCCGCAAGCUUAUGGGUUUAAAGGCCGAACUGUUUUACGUGCGCGAAGGUGUGAUUAACGAGUACGCGAUGAAGUUCGUAGUGCCCGUGCCAGCGCAAGUACACAAGCUGCAUUUCACGUGGGAAAAUCUCGCUGGCAGACCCCUGCCGUACACGGUGUCGGUGGACAUCAGCAACCCCUCGGCCCUAUCGAGCUCGCUCAACAUCUCCGACGCGGGCGACAUCCCCGUAGGCGGUAUGCAGACGUGGGCCGUGACUCUUCACUGCGGACCCUACGACGCGGAGGUCGACCUCGCGCUACGUAUCAACGUGUCGCUAUCGAGACGCAACAACACCAGCCUCGAGUUCAAGCGCAAGAAGAUCUGCCUCAAGGACAAGAGCAACUACCCGGGCCCGGAGGAGGUCUCCGUCGCUGCAUCGGGCGCGAGCUCCGGCGGUCAGGUGUUUUAUGCGGCCGUCGGUUGCGCCUGCGCAUUCAUUGCCGCCAUCUGCGUCCUCGUUCUCGCGUACUACGUCAGGGAUAAGAAGGCCCGCAGACAUAGGGAGCCUUUGCAGGAAUCACGGGGUCUCGGCUCUGCCUGCAGCGUCGAACGAGGUACCGGCAUCGGACCCGCACAGACGUUCCUGUCGCCAGAAACACCGCCCCCGGCCUCCGCCGCCUCCGUCUCGACCUACCGGAGGCUCGACGAGCGCUCGAACCGCGAGCUCUACGAGAAGAUCCAGGAGAUCACCGUACAGAGAUGCCGCGUGCGCUUGUUGAGCGUUGAGAUGGAGGGGACGUUCGGGCGGGUCUACCGCGGCAGCUACCACGAGGAGGGCGCCGCAACACCGAGGACCUACUAUAGCUACAUGGCGCUGCUGCUGCGCGAGGGCCUCGCCCUGUACGGCCUCAGCCAUCCGGCCUUACUCCCGGUGAUGGGCGUCUCGAUCGAGGACCGCGGCGCGCCCUUCCUGCUUUACCCCUACACCGGCUACAGGAACAUGAAGAGGUUCCUCACCAGCGAGGGUCCGCCCAGGGCUCUCACCACCCAGGAGGUCGUUGAGAUGGCCCUCCAGGCUGCCAAGGGCGUUCAGUAUCUGCAUCGCAAGCGACUCGUGCAUCGGGACUUGGCCGCGAGGAACUGCGUAGUCGACGAUGAUCUUCGUGUACAAAUCACCGAUAAUGCGUUGGUGCGCGAUCUCUUUCCACAAGAUUACUACUGUCUCGGCGAUAACGAGAAUCGACCAAUCAAAUGGCUGGCGAUCGAGAGCCUCCUGAGCAAAUCAUUUAGUACAGCUUCGGACGUGUGGGCGUUCGGUGUACUUCUCUGGGAGCUAACGACCCUCGCCCAGCAGCCUUACGUCGAAGUGGACCCGUUCGAGAUGGCGUCGUACCUGAGGGACGGUUACCGGCUCGCCCAGCCGGUCAACUGUCCGGACGAGCUCUUCGCGGUGAUGGCCUACUGCUGGGCGAUGUCCCCGGACGAGCGACCGACCUUCAGCCAGCUGAUCGUCUGCCUCCAGGAGUUCCACACCCAGCUCACCAAAUACGUUUAGACGGAGAGAGAGAGAGAGAGAGAGAGAGAGAGAG